CAAGCUCAUAAAUACUGCAGCACAUCGGUUGGCCGAGAGGACCGUGAGGGCAGCUCGUGCGCCCCUGAGGCACCUGCUUCACCACUCCCCUCAGAGACGUCUCAGUCAUUCCGUCUCCCUCCCCCACGGACACCUUGACUGAGGGACGGACACAGACGGCCCUGCCUGGCAUCUCUCCAUUUCCUCUGUGACCGGAACCCACCAACGGAAUCUGAUCGGGUCCCUGCGUUUGACUCUGCCCCCUCUUCUUUCCCCCCCUACCAUGAGCCCCUUUUUUGGGUGCUGGUUCUACUACUGUCUGUUCCUCCUUUUCUCCCUGGGAGUCCUGGGAGCUCCAGAAUAUCCUCGUGCCACCCCGGAGCAAGUCCACCUGUCCUACCCAGAUGAGCCGGGCUCCAUGACUGUGACCUGGACCACGUGGGCUCCAGCGCGGUCGGAGGUGCAGUUCGGCAUGCACCUGUCUGGGCCGCUCCCAUUCCGUGCCCAUGGCACCGCCAGCACCUUCGUGGAUGGGGGCAUUCUGCGGCGCAAGCUCUACAUCCACCGCGUGACGCUUCGGAAGCUGCUGCCCGGGGCCCAGUAUGUUUACCGUUGCGGCAGCGCUCAGGGCUGGAGCCGGCGGUUUCGCUUCACAGCCUUGAAGAGAGGGGUCCACUGGAGCCCCCGCCUGGCUGUGUUUGGGGAUAUGGGCGCUGACAACGCCAGGGCCCUGCCCAGACUGCGGAGAGACACCCAGCAGGGCAUGUUUGACGCGGUGCUCCAUGUGGGAGACUUUGCCUACAACAUGGACCAGGACAAUGCUCGCGUUGGGGACAGAUUCAUGCGGCUCAUCGAACCGGUCGCUGCCAGCCUGCCAUACAUGACAUGCCCUGGAAAUCACGAACAACGCUACAAUUUCUCUAACUACAAGGCUCGCUUUAGUAUGCCAGGGGACAAUGAAGGCUUAUGGUACAGCUGGGACCUGGGUCCUGCUCAUAUAAUCUCCUUCUCCACUGAGGUGUAUUUCUUUCUCCACUAUGGCCGCCACCUGGUGGAGAGGCAGUUCCGUUGGCUGGAGAAUGACCUCCAGAAAGCCAAUAGGAACCGGGUAGCCCGACCAUGGAUCAUCACCAUGGGGCAUCGGCCUAUGUACUGCUCCAAUGCCGAUCUGGAUGACUGCACAAGACAUGAAAGCCGGGUCCGCAAAGGCCUCCAAGGCAAGCUGUUCGGGCUAGAGGACCUUUUCCAUAAAUAUGGUGUAGAUCUGGAGUUCUGGGCUCAUGAACACUCCUACGAACGGCUCUGGCCAAUUUACAACUACCAGGUGUUUAACGGCAGCCUGGAGAAGCCCUAUACGAAUCCCCGAGGCCCGGUUCACAUCAUCACAGGAUCUGCGGGCUGUGAAGAGCUGCUGACUCCCUUUACCAUAAAAGCCAGACCGUGGAGCGCCUUGCGUGUGAAGGAGUACGGGUACACGCGGAUGCACAUCCUUAACGGCACCCACAUGCACAUCCAGCAGGUGUCUGAUGACCAGGAUGGGAAGAUUGUGGACGACUUCUGGAUAGUUAGACCUUUGCUUGGCCGGAUGAUGUACCACUAAGACCAUGGCUUCCCAUACAAAGACACGUUGCUGCCAUGACCAGGCAUUACCCUGGCCUAGGCGGGGAGUCAGGGCAGGACCCCACUCCCCCCCCCCCCAUCCAGAACCCUGAGGGUGCAGCCCUGACAGAGGCCAGACGGCUCUAGCCUCCUGGAGAGGUGGGGCCCAGACUGCUUGGAGUGGGAGGGCAGGUACGUGGGCACCAGCAGGGCUGCCUUGUUAACAUGGCUCUGCCCUCCUGCAUCGCUCUGACAGGGCAGGGGACCCAUGGACCUCAGAAUAAAGAGGCUUACCGUCAUGGCUCCCUGGACUCAAACUUCCACUUGGGCCACCUCUCCACUUGCCCUCACCGGAAGGGUGUCCUGUGCUGGGACCAGCAAGGCGGACACACCCUCGUGAAGGAGUUGCCAGCAGGGUUACACUCUGUCUUCCCACUCUGACUUGCGUGUGGUCCCUGGCUUGGCCCGUGAUGUGCUGCUUAAUGUCCUCUUGUGCGUCAGUUUCCCAGCCAGCGCUAUCUUCUCCAGGUGUAGAGAAAAGGCUAAGACUGUUGGCUCCCCCAUGGCACAGCUGAGGAGACUCAGGAGCACACAGAUCUGCUACUUUCUCCCCUCGAUGCCCCCCUCUUUUUAUUUGUCCUUUUACGAAUCCCACCUAAAUUCAUUGAGCAUCUAUCACGCGACAGGAAUGGAACAAGACAGAUCUCUCCCCUCGCAGCGUGGACACGGACUUGAACAGCUUACAAGGGAUAAGUGCUCAGGAGGGGAAAGAGGAAUGGUGUCAGUUUUCAGGGAGAUGGGUGACCUUUGGACUAGAGCUGUUGAUAAGGGACACAGGUAAGGCAGGAAGGACAUCCCAGGCAGAGACGCCGCCAGCGCAAAGGCCCUGAGGCAGAUCACCAUUUCCCCAGAGACUGUGGAGGCUGCUGUGGCUGUCACCCUAUAAUGAAGGAGAGAGGGGAAGAGGACAGAGCAGUGACAGAGCCUUGUGGGCCACAGUGAGGACUUUGGAUGGAGCCAUGGACAGUCUAGACUGACCUCAGCAGAUUCCUGCCAUGUGGAUCACCUCCAGCUAUUCUUCCCUUGUGCUGAGUGGUUCAUUUCUCAGGGCUUAGCCUCAGUGGCCUGUCACCCAGUGGAUCUUGGCCUCAGUGGUCUGUCAUCCAGUUGAAGACUCGUGGAUCUUGGCCUCAGUGGCCUGUCACUCAGUCAAAGGCUCAUGAAUCUUAGCUUCAGUGGCCUGCUCCCUGUUGGAGGCCUGUGGAUCUUGGCUUCAGUGGCCUGCCCCCUGUCAAAGGCCUAUGGAUCUUGACCUCAGUGGCCUGUCACCCAGUUGAAGGCUCGUGGAUCUUGGCCUCAGUGGCCUGUCACCCAGUUGAAGGCCUGUGGAUCUUGGCCUCAGUGGCCUGUCACCCAGUUGAAGGCUCGUGGAUCUUGGCCUCAGUGGCCUGUCACCCACUUGAAGGCUCACGAAACAUGUCAAGCACUUUCCCUAUGCAAAGCUGAUGCGCUCACUGUCUGGGCUUUCUGAGUUCACUCUCUGAAGUGUCUCCUCCCCAGGGUGCUUUUAGACAGGUCCUCCACGUAGUCCAGGCUGGUCCUCAACUUAAAGUGUCUGAGCCUGUCUAAGGAUGUCCUUGAACUUCUAAUCCUCCUGCCUCCACCUCCCAACUGCUGGAAUUCUAGGUGUGCACCACCAGGCCUGACUCAGGGUUGACAUCUUCCAUCUUAGGCUUCCUUCCUAUUGUCCCCUCCUCAUAGCCUUCUCUGACGAGUCCCCCUUGAGGCCAGAUCUCUGGGCUCCAUAAUUGCUUCAGUCCCCAAUGCCUACACUGUCUGCCUCGAUCAUCAGUCAUUGUCUGUCUCCUGGCUGGGGACUCUGUGAUGGUGACACUGGACUCUAUCACCUCCAUCUAAUCCUUCCGGGUUAGACUGGAGUCCUGGGUGUCCCCUGUGCCCAGCGCGGCCCAUUUCAGGCCACUGCCAUCCUGGGAUGGGUGUCUAUUGGACUGUCCAUGCUAAGGAGGACAGGGUCCAGUGUGGCCCAGCACAACACAGGCCUAUAAGGAUAUCACAUGCCAAGCUCUGACCUGGCCGUGUCGGAGACAGCAAUGAAUCAAGCAGAGGAUCCAGGUCGCCGGGCCCGAAUGAUGCAUAGGGAGAGGAUGCUGAGCAGUGAAGGCGUGUCAUGAAGGGCCAGCUCAGGCUGUGGGGGUGCCCCAGGAUGCCACUGUGGACUGAAACUGAAGAUCCCACGGAAUGGGCACGUUCUGGGCCAAGCAGUGGACAUGCCUGGCAGGGAGAGUCCACAGAGGACAAAGGCCCACAGCCAGGCAGCACCAGGGGCCCAAGCCCAGCUUUGCCACUUCUUGUGUGAUGGCUGCAAGUCACAGGGCCUUUGUGACCGUCUCUUCAUCUGUAUGUGGGGGAGGAGAGCUGUAGGGAGCAGCCCUGCGUGGCACAGAAAGCUCAUCAGCACCCUGUGUUUUCUCCUCCCCUCCCUCUUCUCCCCUCCCUUCCUAUCUCACUUUCCUUCCUUUCAACUCCAAAUCCUAUUUCUUCCUCCAUAUCCAGCCGCUGACACACACCCUGGGAUCCAUUCUUUGUCAUGGCAAGUGACAUAUUUCCUUCUCCCCAGACUGGCCUUGAUCUAGUGCUCUUGCCUCGGCCUCUCUGAGCUGGAGUUACAGGGAAGCACCUUUAUUCCUGGCUGCCUUUUUUUGGUUUUUAUUUUUUUUUAUCUUAUGUGUGUAUUUUCCUUACAUAUGUAUCUAUACACUGUGUACAUUUUUGGUGCCCAUUGAAGCUACCCCAUUGGACUCCCCUGAGACUAGAGUUACAGCUGAUUGUCCGUCACCACAUGGGUGCUGGGAACCAAGCCCGAGUCCUCUGCAAGAGCAGCCAGUGUGCUCAACUGCUGAGCCAACUCUCCAGUCCCCUAGCUGCCCUUUUAAUUUUUUUUUUUUGUUUGUUUGUUUUUGAGACAGGGUUUCUUUGUGUAGCCCUAGCUGUCCUGGAACUCUCUCUGUAGACCAGGCUGGCCUUGAACUCCUCCCUCUGCUUCCUAAGAGCUGGGAUUAAAAGUGCACGCGCGCGUGCACGCGCACACACACACACACACACACUCGCACGCGCGCGCGCGCGCGCGCACACACACACACACACACACACACACACACACACCCUCCCGCUGCCUCCACCACCACCACCACAGGCCUUGAUUUUGUUUUACGUUUCAGUUUGCUGGCACAGAGUCUCACUAUAUAGCCCAGGCUGACCCUAAUUAAGUACUGGUGUGACGGGCCACACUGCCACGCCCCUCCUAGGAUACACAGGUCUUAACAUUUACCAUGUAGAUACACAUUUUUUAAACUGUUCUUUGUCAUCUUCAAAAUCUGACCUCUGGGAACCUCAAGGAUUUCUUGGAUUCUGGAGCCCCGCCCCCCCCCAGCCCAGGUCACCCGUCCAUAGUUAGCUACCACCCAGGGCCAACUCUAGAGCACAGGAAGAAGGAAACCAGAAAGGAAGCUUCCUCAUCCAGCCCAGCAUAUCCCUCCAGAAUCUCACACACAAUCGCCAGGCCUCUGCUUCAGGUGACUCACAGAAAGGCCAGCCAUGAGAGCCACAGCGUGGUGAGAGGGAGGCCCACGUGCACGAGGCCACUGCCACAUCUGGUCCAUGUGCCCUGCGU